AUGGUAGAGUCCCUAAAUAACGUCCACAUGAUAAAAGUUUUACGGGAAUUUGAAUUUUGUUGGACGUCCAAAGAGGAGAGGGGUUACGGAAACUUGGACAAACUGGGACAAUGGAGAAGGGAGAGUAAAAAUUUUAAGAAAAAUGCGGACAAACAAAAUCUACGUAACGAUGAAAACAAUUUUUUAAUUGCAGAGAAAAGGAACCAAAAGAAAUUUUCAUGUAAACACUGUAAGAAGAAUUUCACAACUAAACAACGUUUGCAAAUUCAUGAAAUAAUCCAUACAGGUGAAAAACCUUACAAGUGUGACGAGUGUAAAAAGAAGUUUACACAAAGAUCAAGCUUAAUUACACACCUUCGGAUCCAUACUGGAGAAAAGCCUUACAGUUGUGACGAGUGUAAAAGGAAGUUUACACAAAGAUCAAUCUUAAUUACACACCUUCGGAUCCACACUGGAGAAAAGCCUUACAGUUGUGACGAGUGUAAGCAGAAGUUUACACAAAGGUCAAACUUAAUUACACACCUUCGGAUCCACACUGGAGAAAAGCCUUACAGUUGUGUUAAGUGUAAAAAGAAGUUUACAACUAAACAGAAUUUACAAACUCAUGAAAGAAUCCAUACAGGAGAAAAGUCGUACAGUUGUGACGAGUGUAAGCAGAAAUUUACACAAAAGGAAUGCUUAAUUAAGCAUCUUCGGACCCUACACAAACAAAAGCCACAUUAAUGUUAAUUACAUCCAGCGAAAAUUAUUUGAAAUCAUAAGUAAAUUAUAAUAUUCGCACUUUGAAAUUUCGAAGGAAUGUUAUUUUAAAUUUCUAUUGAUGUAGAAUGAUCGAAAGAUGUAAGCAAAAGUGGUUUUAAAAUAAAAUGAUGUUU